AUGAAGACGAUUCUCUUGACUGCCGCCGGAGCAGCAUUAUCUUCAGCACGACUCCAUUCAGCAAACAUACCAGCAUCAAGAGCCAUCGCAGACUCAGACGAGCCAUGUGCUGCAAUUAGUGCAAUCAAAUCAUCCGAGCCCUCUUCCUUCCUUUACGAUCCAGACCUUGCACUCGCUUGUCUUCACUCGGUUCCCGUGAAUCAAGAUGUGGACCCGCAGCUCGUCGAUGAGCUCAAGGUCUACCUUGAGUUCCAGACCACGUUAAGCUAUCUCAAGGAUCCACCAAAAGGAUACGAUAACCCGCCUGUCGACCUCAUGGGAGGCAUGGAUGCUAUCAAACAGAAUAUCACCAAUGGAUUCUACUAUAGCGAAUACGAAGUACAGAUGGCUAUCGCCACUCUACUGACCAGUGCGCAUGACGGCCACCUUGGUUUCCAAAGCGACAUCUCAAGUGUCUUCAGCUUUGAGACAAGGUCUCCCUUGGUUUCUGCUUCACGAGAUGGUAUCGAGCUUCCGCAAAUAUACGUCUGGGAGGAUCUCAUGUUCCCUUUCUUAGGCGGCGGCCCAUCGUUUACCCCGAGUCCAGUCACCCGAAUAAACGGACAGGACAUCGAAGAGUAUUUGGACGGCUUGAUAGUACAGUCAUUGCUCCACGAUGCUGAUGCGAGAUACAACGAUCUCUUUUACAGCACGCCAAGAUCCUCAAUACAGGGGGGUACGUUUGGAUUCACCAGUAUUGGCCAGUAUGCCGGGGCAUGGAUCAAUACUACGCAUCUGCAUGGAACAAUGACUUCCUUCCAAAACGUCGCUGUCAGCCACUUAGACUUCACUGGCGUCGAGGACGGUGGAUCUUUCUACUCGAAGUUUUGCACUGGUCUGCACGCCGCGCCGCUCCUGGACCCUACUGACUCUUCUUUACACACGGGGACGGACUCGGAAUCGCCAGAAGAUGAGCCAUCUGCCGUCACAACUCCUACACCACGACCUACUGCUUUUGGCUACCCGUACCCGGUGGUUAAGCACUCUGGGAAUGCAGUAGGCGGCUACUUCCUCAAUGGUACUGAUGUUGCCGUUCUGAGUAUGCCGACGUUCACUGCGGGAGAUACUAUCUCCGAUGUCCAAGAAUACCAAGAUGUAGUGACAACAUUCAUUCAAGAGGCCCUUAAGGAUGGGAAGACGAAACUGAUCAUAGAUCUUCGCGGCAAUGGCGGCGGCAACACUGUCUUGGGGUUUGAUACCUUCAAGCAGUUGUUCCCAUCAAUUGAGCCAUGGGGAGCAAGCCGUUUCCGAGCACACGAAGCAUUCUUCCAGAUAGGUAACCUGCUUGAACCGUACAUCAGCGAUGCUGCUCUAGCGAAAUCUGAUCCUGAGAUGUAUCGAUAUCUUCAGCGCAACUUCACAAACUACAACUAUGUUGCAACCCUAACCGAGAACAACACGGAUUUCGCAUCCUGGAAGGACUACUAUGGACCCCACGAAUUCAAUGGAGAUAACUUCACGUCACUCACGCGAUACAACUUCUCAGACCCUGCCUCCACCUCGUAUUUCAACUCCAACGUCACAGGCUACGACAAUCGUACCAAAAUAUUCAGUCAACAGCCCUUUGCGACAGAAAACAUCGUAAUGCUCCAAGAUGGCUACUGUGCCUCCACCUGCGCAAUCAUUAGCGAAUUGCUCAAAGAGCAAGCAGGCGUCAGAACAAUCGCCAUGGGAGGUCGUCCUCAAAACGGACCCAUGCAAGGUGUUGGUGGUACAAAGGGCGCGCUCACCCUCAAAGGUUCCCAGAUCAAUGCUCAAGCCACACUCGCCCUUGCGAACUUGACCACGUCUCAGGAUCAGUUGGAGGAGCUUCUGGGCACACCAAUUGGCACUGUUGCAAAUGCCCUGCUGCCACAGGUACGCUCGUAUACCGGAGGCGCUUUCUUAGGGACCGGUCUGCAAAUUAACGCUGUCGACAAUAUCAGAGAUACCGAUGUUGAAGGCCAGACGCCCCUUGAGUUUGUGUAUGAGGCUGCCGACUGCCGACUAUUCUACACGCUUAGCAGCGUCGUCAACGUUACCGCAGCCUGGGCUCAAGUGGCCAACGCUGCGUGGGGAAAUGGCACCUGCGUGCCUGAUAGCAAGUCGCCGCCUUCUAGCGUCACUGGGGGCCAAGGAUCGGAUGAACAAGAGGGUGCCGCAGGAAUUGUGAGGCCUGGAAGUGCGGUCAUAGCCUUUAUGCUUGCGGAGCUGUUGCCCUUUUACUAUGAGCCAAUGUUGGUUGUGUUUGUUUGUAAAUUAUCUUGCAUAGCGCCAUGUAGCAUAUAA